AUGAGCUCUUCUUCAGACAUUAUUUUCGGGUAUCCCACCGUAAAUGAUGAUAAAGAAAUGUUUGGAAUGUGGACAGAUUACGAUGGGUAUUCUGCCUCUGCAGACGCCUACUCUAUGGUUCCUUUAGGUCAGAGCUUCUUCGGGAGUUCUUCUUCCGAAUCCAACCCUUCCCUCACCCACUCGUUCGUUGACGCUGGCAAUUCGUCCUCGGAAGAAGAAGCUGUAGAAAGGUGCCAAGUGCCUGAUCAGGACGAAGGCAUCGAAGCCAACGCUAUCGCAGCAUCGAUCCCAGAAGAUGAUUACGCAAAUCUCUUGCAUUGGGCUGCUGCGAAUCAGCGAGAUGAUGAGCGACAAGCACAAGAGUUGGCUCUGGUGAAUCAAGAUAUGGCAAGUCCCAUCUUGGACCAACAACUCUUGUAUCAAGUACCUCUACAUGGUGACCCGUCACUCAAUGGAAGGUAUACGGUCAGGAGCCCAUCUCAUACAUAUCUAGUCGCUUCUCCUACACCUGCACCCGUCAUGCAGGCUGAAACUUCAGAUAUCAUAUUUGGGGUUCAGACUCAACCUCUUCCGUGCAUGAUUGGAUGGACACCUGUUCAAAGGCAAGAUAUGGGCCGGGAUAGAGAAGAUCAGAUGGUUGCAGGUCCAUCGACCACAUAUGCAGCCACUGCCUCGACACCUGCCCCAUUCGAAGAACAGAGUAAUGGCAUCGGUAGAUCCCCGAGAGCCACUGCUCAUUCCUUAUUCGAAUUCAGACCUCUUUUCCAAGAUUACGAGGUUGCAGCAGAACCUAGAGUACCUGAAAAUCGAGCUAGAGGGAAUUACCAUCAAAAUCCCAACUGCAGAAGAUUAGUAAGAGCUCGACAACAAGCAAGAGAUAGAAAGGUAUCUGGUAAAUGA